AUGCCUAACGAACACCUCAUUUUGCAUCCGGAGAAUGCAGGAACCAUACGAAUCCUCCUUUCUCUUUUCAUCGCAGGGAAUGAGAAUGGAUUCAAAGAAUACCUUGAGGAUUCCUUUCCUCAAAAUCCAUGGAUUAUCAAGAUUACCAUCCUUAUAAUUAAGAUUUUACAUUCUGUGGCUAAACCCAUGGCCUGUAUUGGAUCUUUCAUUGAGUUCAUUUUGAAUCUAUUAUCAAACAAUGGAGGAUUCACAGGAAUAAUUUACAGGAAUCUAACAGGGGAUCAUGUGAUAAAGGCCAAGAGGGAUUCAGAAAGUUUCAUCAGUUUCACUGGACACUUGGAUAGCCGUCUAGAUUUAAACUAUGCUACCGAAAAGAUAAUCGAAUCAGGAAGCAGAUAUUGUGCGGAUAUCUCUAUGAUGGCUUCCAAAAUAGCAUAUGAAAACGAACCUGUUAUCAGGAAUGUGGUCACCAAGCGUUGGAAGAUGCAUUUCGUGGAGUUCUUCAACUGCUGGAAUCAAUACUUGAAAAAGAAAUCCACUGAAGCCUUCAUAUUCUGUGAUAAGCCAGUGAAUGCAAAACUGGUGGUGAUUGCAUUCAGAGGCACAGAACCAUUCGAUGCAAUCGAUUGGAGUACUGAUUUUGACAUCUCAUUGUACAAAGUGGAGCCAAUUGGGAGAAUUCAUCUUGGAUUUCUUGAAGCAAUGGGCUUAGCAAAUCGUUCCAACAAACAAGUUACCCAAUUUCAUCUAAAACCCAAUACAAUCAAUGGGUGGCCAGACAACGUCCCAAAAGACCACGAAAAGCCUCUGGCUUACUAUGCCAUUAGAGCUAGACUAGAAGAAUUGCUGGAAGAACACAAGGAUGCCAAGUUUAUUGUCACGGGGCACAGUUUGGGUGGUGCUCUUGCAGUACUGUUUCCUGCAAUACUACUUCUGCAUAACCGGAAGAAGCUCCUGGAAAAGAUGCUAGCAGUUUAUACUUUUGGGCAACCAAGAGUUGGUGAUGAACAGAUGGGAAAUUAUAUGAAUAAAAACAUCAACCAACCUGAGCCAAGGUACUUUAGAGUAGUGUACUGCAAUGACAUGGUUCCCAGGUUGCCAUUCGAUAAUAAAGAGUUUAUGUUCAAGCAUUUUGGAGCAUGCAUCUACUACAAUAGCUGCUACGAACAGAAGACACUGAAGGAAGAACCCAACAGAAAUUUUUCAGCUUUAUAUUUCAUUCCAAAUUCCAUAAACGCAAUAUGGGAACUUAUACAGAGCAUUAUAAUUGGGCAUACAGAGGGAAAAGAUUUCAAAGAAGGGUGGUUUGGAAUGGUAUUCAGAUGCGUGGGGAUUGUAUUACCUGGAAUCUCAGCUCACAGCCCUGUCAACUAUGUAAAUGCCAUUCGAUUGGGCCCACCUUCAUUUGAUGCGACCGUCAGAAAGAAGGUUGAAUGCCAUGAUAGUCCCUGUAUAGACAAUGGAAUUUCUAAGCUGAAAGAUGUUGAAAAAGUGGUUGUUGUUGAAGAGGAUGAACUCAAGAGAUUGUGGGAGGAAGAGUUUAUGCCAUUGGAAACCCAAGUUGAAUCUAAUGUUGACUCCCACGAUGAGGAGGGUGCAGAUUGGAGUGAGGCAGCAGGGCAAGGAGGCUUGGGAGAAAUUUUGGCUUCGGAGAGCUCUGCAGAUGGCAUGGCCUUGGCGAAAAUAAAGAGGCACUCCCAUAAUGAUGACAACCUUUGUGCAGAUAAUUUCAUAGAAGCCUAUGACCCUAUGGAUUUAGAUGACAUAGUAAAUGAUAAAAGUCAGUUUUCUGGUUUGAAGCGAAAGCGACCAUUGACAGGAGCAGAGGACAAUGGACAUCACUCCAAGCGGUUUUAG